AUGGAGAUGCCACAGGACGGAAAAAUAGGCAAACCGCCGGCGGUUGUCAUCAUUGCCAGGCACGGCGCGCGGAUCGAUGCGGUUGACAAGGAAUGGCAUCUCACUUCCCCCACACCGUAUGACCCUCCCUUGACAUACGGCGGCUGGAUCCAAGGACGUGCACUAGGUGCGCGUAUAGCUAGUCUAUUGAAAGCGAGAGAAGACUCAGUCCACGACGAGACAAUACCUACAACGAACAGCUCGGCAUCUGUCGCAAGCAAUUCCACGAGUGAGCCCACCUCACCCGCAGAAAUGCACCUCAAACCACCCAGAAAAACGUCCGUUGCGAUUAGCGCUGGCAUGAGCCAAUUCUAUCGAGCCAAGAACGAGCAUUCGAACGACCAAACCCCGGUUUUAUCACCUCUCGCAUCCGAAGAGAUAUCGCCUAUGGGUACACCGCUGCGAUCAUCAACACCGACGUCUUCAGAUCCAUGGAACAAACUUAAUAAGAAGGAUAAGCUCAACCAUGGAAAAUCCACCAAGGUUGCGCCACGUACACGCCUUCGUAUCGACGCGUUUUUAGGAGAAUGGCUAUCACCGGACUAUUUCGAUCAAAUAACACCACCUCCGGGAUCGGUUAUGAUGGUUGCAGGUGCAAAGGCAGAGCUAUUGCGACGAGUGGAGAUUCCUCAACGCGCGAAUAAUUAUGGGAGCAACUCUUUCUCCGGGAACUUUCCUGGUGGCUGGAAGAGUAAUCAAACGACUUCAUCAGACACGCCCGCUGAGAACACGAGUUUCAGAAUGUCUUCGCUUGCCGAUUCUCUACCUUCGGAAGGGCAACUCGGGACAGAGGAUGGCCUUCGCUUUAGUCGUCCAGUCAAAGCAAUCACUAUCCGAGACGUUCUUUCACGAUCACCAUCACAUUCUCAGGAGGACCUCUCGGCCGGAUAUAUACCCCCGAUCCCUUCCUAUGCCAUCUCAACAUCAGAUCCGAUUCCGACAGGUUAUGUUUCGCAUGCAAGAGAUGCUUGUGUUGACGUGGACUACCAAUGGGAUAGCAUGAAGGAUCCACAAAAUUGGGGGGAUGGUGGAGAAUAUGAUGAAGAGUGGAGUGCAAUGCAUAAAAGAUUCAGAAACGGGCUUAUAAAAAUGGUAGACUGGUAUAGUCAUGAAAAGCCACACAAAUCUCAUCGUCAUCACCACCACCAUCACCACCACCAUCAUCACAGCCAUAAUCACGACGACGAUGAGGAGACUGAUACAGUGCUUGUUCUUGUUACACAUGGAGCUGGCUGUAAUGCUCUUAUUGGCGCGUUGACGAAUCAGCCGGUGCUGAUUGAUGUGGCCAUGGCAUCCUUGACAAUGGCAGUCCGCAAAGACAUUUUCAAAGCCAGAACCUGGGACUAUCGAUCGGAUGAUCUCUUGAACAAUGACCACACUGAAAAUCAUCCCUCACCAUCCACUCUUCCUCUCUAUCAUCUCUACGACCUCUCACUAAUUGCAUCAACCGAGCAUCUUCGCGUAACGUCAAAUCCGCUAUCUCUUCCACAACUACCCAGCCCGACUCUUGAGAGACCGAGAUCGAUAUCCGUCUACCGACAUCGCACCGGAUCCAGCCCACUUAGGUUCUCAGUUAACACCUUGGACAACCAAGACAACAAGGCAGCCCGUUCAUAUGGCCUUCAACGAUCCGCGACUACCAACUCCGCACACCAUCAUUACACAUCCCGCAGCAUUUCCGGCCUAUGGGCGUCCAAAGAGAAGGAAAAUAGUAUAGACGAAAUUCCAGGGUAUCAGUUCGAGCAGCGCAGCGCCGAAACGCAAGACUCGAACAUGCAGCCAGUGGCUGAUGCGAGGUCAAUGCUACCCAGCUUUCAGGAGCAAAAGAAAAACGACGAAGAACGUAUUGCAGAGCAGCCAAAAUCACAGCUGGGUUUAUGGGGCAGUGUCGCCAUCUCGCAGGCACGCGAACCAGCCUUGAAGAGACGAUGGACCGUAACUGAACAGCACGGGCGAUGA